AUGACUCUCUUCACCAAACGAAUCGGAGAAGAUGUAAUGCUAGUUCAAAUUUAUGUGGACGAUAUCAUUUUCGGGUCAACAAAUGAGGAGUUGUGUAAAGAAUUCGAGACCGUCAUGAAGGCAAAAUUCGAAAUGAGCAUGAUGGGAGAACUCAUGCUCUUCUUAGGAUUUGAAGUGAAGCAAAAGGAGGAUGGUUUUCUUAUUCAUCAGGCUAAGUACAUUCGGGAUAUUCUCGCAAAGUACAACAUGAACGACUGCAAAGUUGCAAGCACCCCUUUCACCUCACAGACGGAGCUUACUCUUGAUCCUCAAGGAAAACCAAUGAAUAAGUCCUUCUACCGCUCAAUGAUAGGCUCUCUGAUGUAUUUAAUUGCAAGCAGACCUGACAUUAUGUGGGCAUUCUGUUGUAAAGUGGAUCACAGGUUUCAGCAGCAUGGAAUAGAGAAGCUAUACAGAAUGAUGAAGAACAUUUGCGCAAAAAUUGAGAUAGAGCCCAUGUUCCCUUUCUCAGAAAUCUUCGACUUUGAAGCAUUUAAAGAGGAGGAAGCAAAGAGAAAGAAGAAAGAAACUGAAACAAAGAAACGUCAUCUAGAGUCAACAGAAAAAGUAACUAAAGGAGACGUGAUGCGUGUGUAG